CAAUCGAGCUCUGGUCUUCCCGCUCGCUCAAAAUUAGAUAUCUUCCCCCUCUUCUAUCGCAAAACGGAGAAAGCAUAAGCAGAUAGAUAUGCUCGGCUGGAUCAGAUCUGUCGGAGUCCUUCUGCUCCUGGCGUCUGUCGCCCACGCUCAGUUCCAGUUCUUCGAGCAUAUGUUUGGUGGCGGUGGCCAUCAACAACAGGCCCCGCAGAAUGCUCCGAGCGACAGCUCUCGCUAUCAGAGUCAGUGGGAGUCUGCUCGCUGCGAUCGCUACCUAUGCCCCGGCACUCUAGCAUGCGUCCACUUCCCCCACCACUGUCCCUGCCCGCAUCCCGAUGUCGAAGAGAAGAUUGAGCUAGGAGAGGGAAGUGCUGUCUGUGUUUCUAAGGGUGGUUUCAAAGCGGGCGAGGCUGCGCGCAAGGUCGAACUGGCGCGCAAGGGUCUUUUGUGAUAAUCUGUGAGAUAUUGGUCGACUGCUUUAUGCUAAAAAGCCAUUGGACUGGCAUUGAGCCUGUACUCAAGCUCGUUAGCUCUAAUCAAGGGCGAUGGAUCCUGUCGUUGUCCGCUUCCAGACGCAUGUUCGCUGGGCGAAAACGUUCAAUGUGCUCGGU